UAGAGGAGUGAAAGGCGACAGAGGAGGAGCGGCGGCUGGAGAAGGUUGCGGAGGAGUUUCUAAAGAAGCAGAUGAAGAAAAGUAAGAAGGUUGCUGGCGAUGGAGAAGCUCACAAGUAUGUUGCCAAGUAUAGGGACGAGUCUGAGCGCUGUGUCGCCGAGUUUGCAGAGUCUGUGAAGGAGGCUUUGAAGUCUCUCAAUGGUAAGAGAAAGGGUUCUGAACCUGCACUGGAGAAAGCUGAUUCCAAGAAGUUGAAGAUAUGGUUGGAGCAAUGAGCAUCUCAGUAUUGCUAAGUGUGUGGCAAAUGUUCUGGCUAUGCGAGAACUGGGAUGGCGAAGUUAGUGUCUGAUGGCAGAAUUUGCAAGAAAGGGCUGAACCAGUUGAUGUAGGAGGAGGAAGUUCGCCCGGUGUUCCUCACAAUUUAGGGUCUUAUCUUCAGGGAUUAGACCCUCCUUCAAGCUACCUUGUUCCCGAAGCUGGACUAGUUUCUAUGGAUGACUUGGCUUUUUCUUCCGGUCCCCAACACAUGUCAGCUGAAGAAAAGAAAGAGCUUCUUGUAGUUGCACGAAACAGUCUUGAAUUGCUAUCUAGCAUAAUAAAUUCUGAGGCAGAGCCCAAAACCUUGAAG